AUGGUUAACCCACAUUUCUUGAACCAGACAGAUGCAACCCCAUUUUGGGGUCUUAGAGCAGGUGAAACCUACCAAUGUUAUGAUAUAAAAAUACUGACGGGCAACCACACGGGUAUUUGGCAAGAACAAGACCCUGUAUCGCAUUCCCUUCCCAUCUUCAUCAUGCAACUCAUCAUCAUUACUUCUCUUACCCGCUUACUCAUCUUCAUCCUCAGACCCUUCCGUCAACCCAGGAUUGUACCCGAGAUCAUUGCUGGUGCCUUGAUGAGUCCAUCUAUUAUGGGGAGGAUAAGCAGAAAUUGUGCAUUUUUUAAAGCUGCUUUCUCUGUAUCUGGUGUGAUGACCUUAGAGACAAUGGGAAACAUAGGUCUCAUCUACUUUUUGUUCCUCCUUGGGUUGGAGAUAGACUUAACCACAAUUUCACGAGUCAGGAGGCAGGCCUUUACCUUUGCCCUUACUGGAACUAUUGUUCCCUUCGCCAUUGGUGUGGCCUUGUAUUACCUUUUCCUUCCAGAGCUUGAAAACGUGUUCCAGUUGGGAUGCAUUGUUUGGGGUGUUUCUCUGACUGUCACAGGCUUACCUGUCAUUGCUCAAAUCCUCACAAAGCUGAAGCUUCUCUAUACUGAUAUUGGAAAAACAGCUAUGUCCUCAGCUCUUGUCAAUGAGAUGUUUUCAUGGAUUCUUCUAACAGUGGUGGUGGCGCUAGGCAAUAGUGAGGACAAAUACCUCUUGGUAUUGCUAGGAACGAUUGGCUUUGUGUUAUUUUGUACUUUUGCUAUCCGCCCAAUCAUCAUAUGGAAACUUAGCCAGUCCCAAAAAGGAGGAUACCACAAUGACGAGACUAUUUGUGUCAUUCUCGUCAUGGUAUUGGCAUGUGGGUUAACCACAGAUCUGUUGGGAACCAACUCUCUAGUUGGUGCAUUUGUGUUCGGACUUAUUAUACCGAGUGGAUUGCUUGGUCCGAGAUUUGUGGAGGUGUUUCGGGGUUUUGUGGAGGAUUUUUUGAUGCCGGUGUUCUUUGCGAUUAGUGGGUUCCGAACCAAUUUUGAUUCUAUUGGGAUAAGUUCGACCUGGUACAUGGUUGGGUUAACUAUGACUUUUGCUUGCCUGUGCAAGGUUGUAAGCACUCUUGCCAUAUCCUUCUUCUUUGGCAUGCCGCUUAGGGAUGGGAUGGCUCUUGGAGUACUGAUGAAUACCAAAGGCCUUUUGGCUCUUAUAGUUAUCAACUAUGGGCGUGACCGUAUGGUGUUGGAAGACGAAGCAUUUACUGUGAUGAUGAUUUCAAUUCUGUUGAUGACAAUGGCGACACAACCCAUCAUGAGCAUCCUUUACAAGCCCACAAAGCGUUUCUUGUACAACAAGCACAGGGCCAUCCAAACACUCAAACCAGAUGCAGAGCUCCGAAUAGUAGUAUGUCUCCACGAGUCUCACUCUGUUUCCGGUGUCAUCAACAUCCUCCAAGCUUCUAACCCUUCCAGGAGGUCCCCUAUCACCGUCUUUGCCCUCCAACUCGUCCAACUCACCGGACACACCACUGCCUUGCUCAUUGUCCAUGGCCCAACCCGCUCCAAUUCCCAAAAGAACAACAGCUACGAAAAUGCUAUUGCUGCUCGUAUCCUUGAUGGCUUCGAAAGGUUAGAGGAACAACACAGUGGUGUCUCAGUCCAGCCAAUGACAGUCGUGUCCUCUUACACCACCAUGCAUGAAGAUAUCUGCAGCAUCGCGGAGGACAAAGGCGCUACCCUCAUCAUCCUUCCUUUUCACCAACGCCUCACUAUCCAUAACAAAAUGGAAGACAUACACCAUGCUUACAAAGAUGUCAACGACGAUGUCUUGCUCAAUAGCCCUUGUUCUGUUGGUAUAUUGGUUGACCGCGGCUUCGGGUCUCUCACAGAGAUCGAUGCUGAAGCCAUGAUGCGACAUAUCGCCAUGCUCUACAUUGGAGGCCCCGAUGAUAGAGAGGCCUUAUGUUAUGCUCGAAAGAUGGCAGGGCAUCCAAACAUUACCCUAACUGUUGUUAGAUUUGUAGAGAGCAAACAUGAUGUGGGUUUAAAGCUUGCGGACUUCAUAGAGGACACCGAUGAUGAUGAUGAGGAUGAAGAGGACAAGGACGAGGAUAAUGAAAAAGAUGACAAUGAGGACAAGGACAAGGACAAGAAGGUUUCGAUCACCGAAACCAUAGAUGUUGACGCUGAAAUGCGGUUGGAUGAAAGUUUCAUCAGCGAAUUCAGGCACAGGACAACAGGUGACAGAUCAAUUAUGUAUUUGGAAAAGGAAGUAAGUAAUGGGUCAGAAACAGUGCAGACCAUAAAAUUAGUGAGUCAAGGUUAUGAUCUUUUUGUAGUAGGAAGAAGGGCAGGGUUCUCGUCCUGGUUGACGGAGGGGCUAGAUUUAUGGAGCGAGUGCCCGGAGCUAGGGACUAUAGGGGAUCUUUUGGUGACAUCGGACUUUUCAUCCAAUGUUUCGGUUUUGGUGGUGAAACAAUAUGUCGGAGCAAGACUUGUGGAAGAAGGGUUAGGGACCUCGGGAUUAAUAAAUCCCCAAACAAGUGUGAGUAGUUUUGAACCGAUUUCCAUGUACAGAGACAUGGAUGGAGCUCACUGA